UUGGUGCACACACAGUUUACUGCACAGGACUUUGGCUUCUUUCUCUAUGCAGAAAACUCCAAACUCUUCACCAAACAGCAUCAUUUAAGGACCACCAACUAAAUACACAGAGCUCCAUUGUGUUAGGAUCAGCAUCAGCCAGCAGCUUCAAACCUCAACCGCAUUCACUGAGACAACAUAGAAAACCAUCUCAAAUAUGUCACUACUCACCCACCUGUUGGCGUGUCUUUUUGGGAUGGGCUCCUGGGUGUCCAUCAACGGCCUGUGGGUGGAGCUGCCUCUGAUCGUCCCCCAGAUCCCAGAGGGUUGGUACCUGCCCUCGUACCUCUCAGUCCUCAUCCAGAUGGCCAACGUCGGGCCUCUCUUCGUCACCCUGAUGCAUCGCUUCCGGCCCGGCGCCCUGAAUGAGACGGCUGUCAUAUACGUGAUCAUCGGCCUGGGGACUGUGGCGAGUUUCCUGCUGGGUUUCUUCUGGACGAAGACGGUUGUAGUGGCAGGCGCUCCUCGCAGCGUAGCCCUCCUCGUCUUAACUUUCUUCCUCGCUGCUGUUGACUGCACUUCCUCCGUCACCUUCCUGCCCUUCAUGAUGCGCCUCAAGCCUCAGUAUCUGACCACCUACUACAUUGGGGAGGGUGUGAGUGGCCUGCUGCCCGCUUUAGUGGCUUUGAUCCAGGGUGUUGGGGUGGUCCGCUGCAUAAACAGCACACAGUCUGUGAACCACACCCUGAGCUCCUCCAACAGCUCUGUGACCUUUGAACUCCAAGCCCAGUAUCAGCCGGCAAACUUCUCCGUUGAGGUGUUUUUCUUUUUCCUGAGCGCCAUGAUGCUGGUGUGUCUGGUGGCGUUCCUGCUGUUGAACUACCACCCCGCUGUGGCCAGGGAGCACCCCAACAAUCGAUACACCAACGGGGUGAAGGAGAAAUCUCAGAAAAACAGGAAGUGGGCCGAGCAGAAGUCCAUGAUGGAUCCGUACAGACCGGCAAACCAGAAGUGCAGAAGCAGUUUUGGCACCGGGACUUACAGCUGGAUGCAGGUGUUUUACAUCUUUGUGAUUCUGGCCUGGACGAACGCUCUGACCAACGUGGUCCUUCCCUCUGUGCAGUCCUACUCAUGCCUGCCGUACGGGAACAACGCCUACCACUUAUCGGCCACCAUGGCUGCCGUGUCCAACCCUCUGGCCUGCUUCAUCGCCAUGUUCCUCCCAAUAAGAUCCCUGGUGUUGAUGGGAGCUCUCACAGUGAUCGGCAGCGGAGUUGGAGCUUAUAUAAUGGGCAUGGCAGUGCUGAGUCCAUGCCCACUGCUGGUUAAUGAUACCUCAGGUGGUGUCAUCAUUGUGUUAGCCUGGAUCAUCUUCGUUCUCACUCUGUCCUAUGUGAAGGUGAUCAUAGGUGUGAUCCUGCGCGACGAGGGCCACAGCGCCCUCGUGUGGUGUGGAGCUGUGGUGCAGUUAGGCUCUCUGCUGGGAGCCGUGACCAUGUUCCCACUGGUCAGCCUGUACAGCUUCUUCUCAUCAGGGGACCCAUGCAACACCAAAUGUCCUUAAAUAACAACGUCCUUAAGAAGAGACUGGAAGCAGUAAAAGCUUCUUUCUCUCAGGAAAAGAAUGUGAGAAUCAAUAUGAGGCCUAUUUAUUGCUUUCUCUGUCCCAUGAUUUAGUCACUCAGCGACAUCUGAAUCUGAAUGUGUCAUUUAAAAGCUUUCAUUUGUUACAACAAAGAAAACCACGAAGAUAUAAAUAGAGCAAGCUAGUUAUAAUGUAGUCUACCUGACUGACGAAUUUAUGCUUUGUAAUAAAUGUGUUGACAGAUGUAGUUUGGACCUAAAGAGGAUCAGAUUUCUGGUCUAGAUCUCUUGAAAACCUUUCUGCCAGAAGCAAGAGUCCAGUGAGUUGAUGGUUAGGCAGGUGAGCACUCACAAAAUAAAUUAUUGAUCAAUUUUUGUAAAAUGAAAGAGGAACAUUUGUGAAUGUAGUUACACUAAAAUAUAGAGGCAUAGUUGCUGUUUCAAGUUUAUUUUACUUUACUCUCUGACUUUGUGAGUGCUUGCCUUCCUUAUUUAUCAAUUGGUUCAACCUCUUCAUGUUGCUUUAAGUGUUAUGUAACUCUCUGUUUGAAUGUAAUUGGUCUUCGGUGUACUGAGAGUAACAAUAUCUGUUACACCUCUGACCACUACAGUCUGUAGAAAAAAAAUAUUUACAUUAGUUGUGUGGAAAUGAAUGAUCUGUAAAAUAAUAAUUCUGUAACCGCAUUAUUAUUUUUUUAUUAAGAUGUGUUUUAAUCAUAUUGUUUAUUGUAUUAUGUUAUAUUAAAGCAUAAAAAUAUAACCACAGUGUUACUAAAGGAACAUAAUGUGUCUCUUCUCU